GUGGGUCAGAAAUACACGUUAGAGUGGAGGCAAUUCCAUGUGCCCACAUGUCCAGUUGUUCACUACACUUGCCUCUCUUGCUUCAACUCUUGUUUUUCAAUCUCUCUCUCUCUCUUCUCUCUUUUCCAACUUGCUCAGCAAUCACACAUACAUCUUGGUGUUAAACAUUGACACACAAUGAAGGAGGGAAACGAUGGAUUUGUUCGUGCAGAUCAAAUUGAUCUUAAAAGCUUGGAUGAACAACUUGAGAGACAUCUCAACCGUGUUUGGACCAUGGAGAGUAAUAUAAAGAAACAAGAUCAACUUUCUUCUAGUUUCGGUGCUGCAUCCGCCACUGUCACACCGACUGUUAUUGCUGCCACUUCCGCCCCGCCCGCGAGGCAGAGGCAGGAGUGGGAGAUCGACCCUGCCAAGCUUAUUAUUAAAACGGUUCUUGCUCGGGGCACUUUUGGCACCGUUCAUCGUGGCGUCUAUGACGGCCUUGAUGUUGCUGUCAAACUGCUGGACUGGGGGGAAGAGGGCCACAGAACAGAAGCUGAAAUACAGUCUUUGAGGGCUGCAUUCACACAAGAAGUUGCCGUUUGGCAUAAGCUUGACCAUCCUAAUGUAACUAAGUUUAUAGGGGCAACAAUGGGAUCUUCGGGGCUAAAAUUACAAAGUGAAGGAGGACCAAUUGGCAUGCCAAGUAAUAUAUGUUGUGUUGUUGUUGAGUAUCUUCCCGGUGGUGCCUUGAAAUCUUAUCUAAUAAAGAACAGGAGAAAAAAACUAGCCUUCAAAGUGGUUGUACAGAUGGCACUUGAUUUGGCAAGAGGGUUAAGUUAUCUUCAUUCUCAGAAAAUUGUACACAGAGAUGUAAAAACUGAGAACAUGUUACUGGAUAAGACACGCACUGUGAAAAUUGCUGACUUUGGCGUUGCUCGUGUUGAGGCUUCUAAUCCAAAUGACAUGACUGGCGAGACCGGGACACUUGGUUACAUGGCUCCUGAGGUUCUGAAUGGCAACCCUUAUAAUAGAAAGUGCGAUGUUUAUAGUUUUGGCAUCUGUUUAUGGGAGAUAUAUUGUUGUGAUAUGCCUUAUCCUGACCUAAGUUUUUCAGAAGUAACCUCCGCUGUGGUUCGCCAGAACCUACGACCAGAUAUCCCAAGGUGUUGUCCAAGUUCACUGGCGAAUGUGAUGAAGCGAUGUUGGGAUGCUAAUCCUGACAGAAGGCCUGAAAUGGAUGAGGUUGUCACUAUGAUAGAGGCUAUUGACACAUCCAAAGGUGGAGGAAUGAUUCCUGGUGAUCAGCCUCAAGGCUGCCUCUGCUUCCGUAGCCACCGAGGUCCAUGAAAGCACUAAAAUUGCAUUUUUAAACACAAGCACACAAGGUAGAUAGAGGAUAACGAAGGUAUUACAAAGAGAUGGUUUUCAUAGCCGAGAAGAUUCGGAGGAUGUUGGGUACAGACCAUGGAGCUAUGCUACAUAUCUUUUGUUGGGUAAAAAUGUAAAGUUCUUUUCUUCUUUUUUUUUUUUUGUUGAAAUUGUUUCUUUCCUUCUCUUAUUUUCUAAAUACUUGCAUUCACAUGUGUAUUGUUGAAGUGAUUUUCCUCUCCUGUAAUACUACCCAUGUACACUUAGUGAAACUAGUCUUUUACAUUC